UAGUGCGCGAAUUGAGACAGACAGUGAAUCAUUAGCAAACUGCAACGCCAGGAUGAACUUGUCGGGAACCUAAAAGGAGGGCAGGGCGGCGGGGAGAGAACACCGGGCUCCGGAGCUCGCCCGGGGCUCGCGGGCCGCCGCGUUUUGUCCAAGACCGUCAAACUGGAUGUAAAAAGCUGGUGCGUCGCCAGUCCAAGAUGCUUCUGGUUUCCGCGCGGGUAGAAGCACCACGCAUGGAGCCUCAUAUUCCGGGAUCCAUUAAGAGAAAGCUGGGAGAUGACAGUUCCCCACCUGCCAAUGCCGUGCCUGACGUCAUCUUCCCAGGCGACAGCAAGCGACUCUGCCUUGAUGAUGUCACCCUUUCCAUGGGCCAAGGGACCAAUCCUGUUUCAUGCCCAGAUAUGCAGCACUCACCAUUCUCCACCAGUCACGGUGCAUCCGCUAUGGGCGUGGCAGGGCAUGGAAUGCUGCUGGAAGGCAGCCACCGGAACGGGAACAGUAUCGGGUCUCCAUUCUCCGUCCCACCCAACACCGAAGUAGGGCAGAAGGGGCCCAUAGGUGGCCAUUAUGACGAGAAAGGGAGUAACUUGCAUUCAGUGGACCAGGAGCUGCAAGAUCUGCUAGAAGAACUGACAAAGAUGCCUGAUCCGUCCCCCAAUGAGCUGGACCUUGAGAAGAUACUGGGAAGCAAACCGGAGGAGUCGCUUGGAAGUCUCGGCCACCCACAGCCCACCAUGAACAGCACUCCAAAGUCCUCUCCACAAGCUCCACAUUUGGACAACCACAUGCCCAACAAAGACUUUUCUCCAGGGUGCAAUCCUGCAAGCAGUAGCUCGCCCCAGAUGAGACCGUCAUCCGCUGGAGCAAGCUAUCCCGUUCCACCCCAGACGAAGGCUGUCGCUUCACCCAUUUCUUCGACGGCACAGAACAAGAGCCAGCCUCAGUCUAUGCUCCCAGUACCUCUGCCCAACAUGACUAGCCCGAACUGGCAUGCACAGCAACUGAAGCACUUGGCAGCAAGCAAGCAGGUCCCAACGACCAAGCACCAGGCCCCGGGCUGGUCCACUGUAUCCGCACAAGGCCUGUCACCUCCCUACCGGCCCGGCUCUUCCCCUCACGAUCAACCCUUCAGUCCCCAGAAUGUCAUGGUGUCUGGUAUGAGCGCGAACGGCUUGCCAGGAAGCAGCAUCCAGAGUCCUCAGAACUCCUUGCUCUCGAGCAUAACGUCCAACAGCAACCCGUCCAGUGGCCCAUCUCCUCCUUUUGGGCCUGAGAAGCUUUCCAGUCCGGUUCUCAGCCAGCAGCCGUUCAGCCCUCCAAACCCCAUCCUUCCCAACAUAAGUGUCACCAGCAUCCCGACCAGCAGCAUCAAAAGCCCGCAAAGCAACUUGGUGUCGACAAAUACCGGACCGUCCCCUCCGUACCGGCCGGAGAAGCUUUCCAGUCCUGCUCUGCAUCAGCAGCCCUUUAGCCCCCAGAAUCCCUUAAUCCCCAACAUCGCUCCCACCGGCAACCCCACAAGCAUGCAGACCUCUCUCUUCAAAUCUCUCUCGACGACCCAGCCGAAAAACAUGAGCCUCCUCAUGCAGCAGUCCUCCAAUGGCAUGCAGCCAGGCUUGGUGAGCGAAGGCCCCGUGGGCCCAGACCAGUUUUCCUUCAAUAACACCAAGCCGCUGACCCACUUCAGCUCCGAGCCCGCGGCUCCACAGAAGAUGGCGCCGAUGGCGGCCAGCUCCGGCCCGCAGUCCUUGCUCCACUAUCUGCAGCACCAGCAGGGGGCGUCUUCCCAGCAGUCCCAGCCAGUGAACAACAGCCAGUUCCUCCAGCAGCAGCUGCGGCAGCUGAUGCAGCCCUCCCGGAUGCAGCGGCACGUCCAGCCGUCCGCGAUGCCGCCCUCGCAAGGCCGGCAGGAUCAGACGCCUGGGAUUGUUCCUAGACUUCAGGAGCCGGGAGCUGUCCCGAAUGCAGGUUCGGUGCCUGCCCCAGCCCCAGCCAUGGUCAAUGGAUAUACCAUGAGGAACCAUCUCUUAAAGCAGCAGAUAAUGAGGCGACAACAGCAGCAGCUGCAGGAGAAGCAGAGGCACAGCAUGAUGGGAGUGGCCACAGAGCAAAGAGGGCCGUUCGUGGGCCAGCAGAUGAAUCAGUUUCCAGCGGUUUCGCAGCCCAUGACAACCGAUUGCGGGCAGCCGAUGCAGGCUCCUUCUCCCAGCCACCGCAUGAUGCCAUCAGCCCAGGGAAUCCUGCAGAACGCUCUGGGCUCCGGGAUCGCCUCGGCCGCCGUGAGCCAGAACAGUGGGGCGAUGGUGAUGGUGUCCCACAACCCCAGCAAGCAGCCGGGCAUGUUCCCGCCGAACUCCGAUUUCAGUCUUCCACUGCGCCCGAGCCAGACUGCCCUGGGCAUGAAUUCCGGCUGCCAGACGGUCCACAGCCACCCCGCAGUCCGGCCAAGCAUGGCGCUGUCGGGUUUUGCUGCUGGGUCCUUGGUGAAUCAUACUUCGGCCCAGCAACACUUGAGACAGUCGGCGAUGCCCAGAAUUCCCAACGUCUACGCCAACCCGUCUGCUCAGAUGUGGACGCCGACGGGAGUCCCUCGGAUGCCUGGUCAAGGUCAGAUGGAUGCCAGCUUGCAGCCGUUCUCCGGUAACCCUCUCUUUUCCAAACAGAACACAAGGCCGACUCUCCCCGGCCAGCCCUUUUCCCACCAGCCUGUGGUGCCGCCCAACCAGAUCGCUCCUGGUGUCCAGGCCAGGCCGAUGCAGAAGGUCAGCCUGGGGCAGCCCGGCCACGGCAUGGACUCCCUGAAUAACCAGACCCUGCGCCACAAUUUAACCAGGGGACCUUUGCCGGCUGCCAUGGGCGUCAUGAAAGCGAUGCCGCAAGGCCUGCCUGGUUUUAGCCCGCUCAGUCCGGCCCAGACGGUUGGCCCGCCAAGUUAUCCCGGCUCUGCCAGCCAGUUGCCAGGAUCAUUCAACAGACUGACCACUGCCUCCGAACUGCCGCCGCAGUAUGACUUUGCAGCCCAGCAAAACAAUUCUCUUUUGCCCGGAAACUGCAGCGAAGCUGAUUUCAUCGACUCCCUUAUGAAGAACAGUGGCAGCACUGACGAAGACUGGCUAAAUAAUUUGACAAUGAUAGAUGACAUUUUGGGGCAGCACGUUCAAAGCUCUGGACACGUGUAAUCGUUGUGGGAAGUGAGGGAUCUGUACAUAAUUUCAGUGGGACUUGGAACGGAAAACAUUUACACACACGCACACAAAUGCUCCCCAUUUUUCAGCACCAAAAGAAUGAGCUUGUCCAACUAAUGCUUCACUUUCCACCCAGAUUUUUCAAAUGGCUAUGUAUAUAUUUGAAUAUUUUGUAAAUUAUGUUUUCCUAAACAUUAAAUAUGGAAGUAUUUAUACUUCUUUGCUGGACUCUUUGUAAAUAACGUAUAGGCUACUCUGCUGUCUUUCUUUUUUCUUAUAUAAUAGGAACUGAAUUCCAACUUGUUCUAAAUAUGCAAAUAUUAUUGUUAGUUUGAGUAAUACUGUGUAUUACAGCAUCAAAUAUUUUAUGUUUUUGACAUAACAUAUGAACUAGAGGUGUCCUGGCAAAUGGAGUAAACAGGAAGCCAAGUUUAUACUAUUCCUCACCUGCCCACUCUUCCUCCCUGACUCUUCUCCAGCACAAAUUUUUCAAGCGAUACCUCCGCUGAAUGAAAGGUCCAUUUUGACCUGGCCAACAAAAAUGAUCAGCAGCAGCCCCAGGAAUUCAACCCAGCAAAUUGCUUUAUAAAGCAGCUCAUUGUGGCAUCAUUCCUGGGCUGGACAGAGACGCUGAUGGCCCUUUGGAGCUUUCUCUUGCUGCUCUUGACCCAGGGCUGCUUCCCACAUUGUGUGUCCUCUCUGAAUAAGUCCAGCAUCCAGCCUUGUGUGGAUGGGCUGUAGGCAAAGAAACACAGAGCAAGUCAGAAGGGGUCUCCCAGGCCAUCUAGUCUGACCCCCGGCUCUAGCCGUCUCCACUCACCACAUGCCCGCCAUGUGCAGGUCUAGCCUAUCCUUGAACAUCCAGCAAGUCAGACAGCAGCCGCUUGUAGCAGAACUUCAGGAUGAUCAGGGUGCCCCCCGGAGAGUGCCAAAAUGCAGCAGGGCUGAUGUAUUACAUUUCAAAGUGGGUAAAAUAAAAAUGCUCCCAUCUAGACAGCCUCCAAAUUCCCUCACUAGGCCAUUCUCUCCAUUGUUUAGAAUUACCAUUGUGUACUGCUGACGUCAGAGAAUUGCCUCAAUCACAACGGCCUGGGUCACACAUACAACUACUCUAUGGUUUAUUUAAGUGAUGGGCACUUGAAUUCUGGGUUCUCUAGUUGUGCGAACCCUGCCAUGCUUACAAGCCAUCAUUUGUUAACCAGGAACCACCCAGAACGUGAGAACCAAUGUUUGCUGGCUUAUGAACUCUGUUUAAACUAUGGAUUAAGUGACAAUGCAGAAGGCUGUUUCUUUCUUCAGAUUACAGAGGAAGUAAAUAGUCAACACCACAAAUGUUGGGAUGCAGGGAGGGAAUGGGUGAAAUAGAAGGGAAGCAAAGCAAAGGUUGAGCAAACAAGCCACAGUUGGUUCCAUCAUGUUCCAUGUUCCUGGGUAGGGCAACAAAGCAUGGCUUAAUCAUGGAUUAGCACUGUGUGAACCAAGUCGUUGUUAAUGGUCUCAGUUUAUGAAUUCAAGUUCAUCAUCAAGCAACAAGUAAUCAAGCAGUAAUAUACAUACACACGUGAACCAGUCUAUACAUCAACAAAGAGGCUGAUUGUGACAAUAUUGAAUACCAUGGUGCAAAAUUCUCUCCACCAGAAGGGCACGCAAACCUGCCAUAUUGGGUCUUAUCGCCAAUGAUCAAAGCCCAUUCCUGGUUUGCCCACCUCAGUAAUGUAUAUUUGUAGUGUACAGGUGUUAUGUUCCUGGUUCUGAACAAUUUUCGUAUUUUCUUCUUUGUUUUUAAUAUGAGGCGCUCUUUUUCUCUCCUCUCAGAGAAAAUAUCUAUAAAAUGCAAAUAGCUUAACUCUGGAUGUUUUUUUCUGUCAUAUGUAUAUUUAAGAGUCUGUUUAUAAAAGAAAUCCAUUGUACUGUAAACUACUUCAAAAUGUUCAUACUUUGUGUAAUCAUAUUUUAAUAGCCACGUCAUCCUCCAUUUGUAAGAUAUCGUCCACUUCAAGCACACCAAAAUGUUUUUUCCUUCAUACCAUAAUAAACUGUCAGGGAAAAAUUGCA